CGCGCCGUCGGUCCCGCCACUGUCGUCCGGCAUCUACACAAUCAAUAGAUUACAGUGUUGUCGUCUGACCAGCAAUUUAUCACUGUAACAACAAGACCGCAAGCCUUGCGUUGCGAGCUGUAGAGAGCACCCAGUGGUGGGCAGCCCAUCAGCACAUAAUGUCCUCGUCGUCGCGCAAACGACGCCUCGUCUCGCCGCAGCAGCCGGACGAAAAGCGGCGCACGGACCGCAUCGUCGUGGAUGUGGGCGGCACGCGCUUCACGACGAGUGCGUCGACGUUGACGGCUGGAAGUGAAUACUUCGAGCGCCUGCUCUCGCCGCGCUGGUGCGCCGAGCCGCCGGAGGAGCUCUUUCUCGACCGGGAUCCGGAACCGUUCGCCAUACUGCUGACGUACAUGCGCACCGGGCUGCUCGAGCUGUCGAAGGACAAUCAGUCGAUGGCGCGGCGCGUUAUGAUCGAGGCUGAGUUUCUUGGUAUGGUUGGACUGAUCGAUAGCGUAAAGGCCAAAGCUAUUAAAAACACGGGCUGGGAGGGAACCGAACCGGACGCCGUGAAGUGUUUCGGCUCCUUCGACGCGGCGAUCCGCAACGGCAUCCUGCCGGCGAGUUUCUUCCCGCCGCCGCUGCCGCCGCCGCGGAAAAUAGUGCAAAUACUACCCGCGCCGCCCGGCACGCGGGUAGAGAUUCACUGGCGAGACGACGGGGAAUAUUCGGAAUGGUUCGACGUGCUGUGCUUGGUUCUCCACGAUAGACCGGUACGGCUAAAAGACGGCAACUAUUAUUUCGAAUCGGCGCUCGACGCGUACAUACAGCAUGAGCCUCCGGAGGCCGGCCCAGUACUUGCAUCGGAUGCGUACAACGACCAGACGACCGCGUACAAGAUUCAUCCCCCAGAACAUGGGAUAACGGAAAUCCCACAGGGUGUUCUAGAGGCGCAAUACUGGCUGGAUAUGGAUGACCAUUCGAAGGGAUACGAGACCUACCCAGUCCGCAUGCUUAAACGGGGGCAGCACGGAAAACUCACGCCUGUCGAGCUAGAACAAAAAGAUAAUACCGGUCGACGUCCGACGGUCCAGUGGAAGGCACUGGCGUCUUUCGUUAACUUCAAGGGCUUCACUGGGGGCCGUGAUGGUGAAGUUGAAAAAGCGGACUAAGCAUACUAUUCAUAUC